AUGGGUUUCGUUUUAUUAGCAUGGAUAAUUGCACCUAUGGCAUAUUAUUCUAAUCUAUGGGGUUCACAAGCAAUGCCAAUUAUUAGUACUCGUGUUUUUACUGCAGAUGGUCAUUUCUAUAAUGUUUCUGCUGUACUCAAUUCACAAAUGCGUCUCAAUGAAACUGCUUAUAAAGAAUAUGGUGAACUUCGAAUGCCAGCUGUUUUUGCUUUUUCGUAUGGUAUAUCAUUUGCUGCAAUCGCAGCAGUUAUUGUUCAUACUAUAUUGUACCAUGGCAAAACAAUAAUGAAACAAUUUCGAUCGUCUCUAAAAGACAAUCAUCAUGAUAUUCAUUCUGUACUUAUGUCUCGCUAUCGUGAAGCACCAGAAUGGUGGUAUACCAUUUUGUUUAUUAUAGCGUUCUGUCUUGCUAUUAUUGCUUGUCAUUUUGGUCAAUUAAUGCCAUGGUAUUAUCUAUUUCUUGCUGUUGCAAUUGCAUUUAUUUUUGUUCUACCUACUGGUAUUGUUCAAGCUGUUACCAAUCAAACAAUUGGACUUAAUGUUAUUACUGAAUUUGUUGCUGGCACUGUCAUUCCGGGCGAUCCAUUAGCAAAUGUGACAUUUAAAGUUUACGGAUAUAUUACACAAUAUCAAGCUCUACUUCUAAUUUCUGAUUUAAAACUAGGUCAUUAUAUGAAGAUUCCACCACGUGCAAUGUUUGCUACUCAAUUAAUAGGUACCAUUGUAGCAGGCAUUGUAAAUUAUCUAACAGCGAACUAUUUGAUGAAUACGAUUCCAAAUAUUUGUACACCACGAAAUACCCGAUGGACAUGUCCUAAUGCUAAUAUAUUUUUUAGUGCAUCUAUUAUAUGGGGAGCUAUUGGUCCAAUUAGAAUGUUUGGCAAAGGAUCUAUCUAUUCACCACUGCUCCUUGGUUUUCUCCUUGGCGCUCUUCUUCCUAUACCAUUUUGGCUUCUUACGAAAAAAUUUCCUCAUGUUAAAUGGUUGAAAUACAUUCACCUUCCGAUAAUGUUAUCAGCGACAUCAAUGAUACCACCAGCUCCAGCUGGCAAUUAUCCGUCGUGGCUUUUAGCUGGGUUUAUUUUCAACUUUAUACUCAUCCGAUAUGCACGAUCAUGGUGGAGACGAUAUGCAUAUGUUUUUUCGGCAGCCAUGGAUUGUGGUGUAGCAUUUGGUGUAUUGAUCAUCUUUUUUCUAUUGCAAAAUAAUGGAAUAGAAUUUCCAACAUGGUGGGGAACUGGUGGACAUACUGGAGAUGGGUGUCCAUUGUCACAUGCUAAUUACUCGGGAAUUAUUCCUACAGAUCAUCCAAUAUCGUUUGGUUGA